UUCUCCUCUUUUAUCUUCCCUACUCAAAAGCCCCAAUUUUUCCAUUGAAGUAAAUGUACAGCACCUAAGGCAAGGUGUACAACAGUUAAGGUAAGGCGUUAUCCCUUUCCUCCUUCGUUAAAGCUCUUAUUUUGUUGCUUGUGAAGUCAAUACCAAUAUUAUUGAGGCCUCACAUUAAAAUUUGGUUUUAGCCUAGCCGACGAGUCCAUAUUAAGGUUCGAAUUUUCUUCUUCCUUCUCCUCUUUUAUCUUCCCUACUCAAAAGCCCCAAUUUUCCCCGCUCUUAUUUUGUUGCUUGUGAAUUCAAUAGCAAUCUCGAAAUGACCAAGACCUCACAUUAAAAUUUGGCUUUAACCUAGCCGACGGUUCCAAGGUUCGAAUUCUUCUUCUUCUUUCUCCUCUUUUAUCUUCCCUACUCAAAGGCCCCAAUUUUUCCUGCUCUUAUCUUGUUGCUUGUGAAUUCAAUAGCAUUUCCAAAAUGACCACAAUAAUGAGAAGAAACCAAUCCUCUUUAAAAACAAUCCUAAAAGAUCAAUUUUUUAAUACAAUCCUUAAACCCUACAAAAACCCUAAGGUAAUUAACCAAAAACCCUUUUCCACCAAUUCCUCGAAAUUCCCAGAAUACGAAAUGCCAACAGUAACAUGGGGAGUAAUCCAAGGGCGCAAAGAGAAGUUGGUGUCACGUGUCAUAAUCUCUGAUUACUUGAAAACUAUAGGAAUAAUCCCUGAUGAAUUAGAGGAAUUAGAAUUGCCCUCCGCUGUUGAAAUUAUGCGCGAACGUGUUGAAUUCUUGCAGAAAAUUGGUCUAACGAUUGAUGAUAUGAAUGAAUAUCCUCUAAUGCUUGGUUGUAGUGUUAGGAAAAAUAUUAUUCCUGUUUUGUCAUAUUUGGAGAAGAUUGGGAUUCAAAGGUCUAAGCUUGGUGAGUUUGUUAAGAAUUAUCCUCAGUGUUUACAUGCUAGUGUCGUCGUGGAGCUUGUUCCCGUUAUUAAGUUUUUACGAGGUCUUGAUGUUGAGAAACAGGAUAUUGGGUAUGUCUUGAUGAAGUAUCCGGAGUUGUUAGGGUUUAAACUUGAGGGAACGAUGAGUACUUCAGUUGCUUAUUUGGUUAGUAUAGGGGUUAAUCCGAGGGAUGUAGGGCCGAUGGUAACACAAUAUCCAUAUUUUCUUGGAAUGAGAGUUGGGACGAUGAUUAAACCAUUGGUGGAUUAUUUGGUUUCGCUGGGUUUGCCGAAGAAAAUAUUGGCGAGAAUGUUGGAGAAGCGAGCAUAUUUACUUGGUUAUGAUCUUGAAGAGACGGUGAAGCCAAAUGUAAAUUGCUUACUUAGUUUUGGACUUAGGAAGGACAGUUUGCCUUGUGUUAUUGCACAAUUUCCACAGAUUCUUGGUUUGCCUUUGAAAGCUAAGCUGUCGUCGCAACAGUAUUUCUUUAACUUAAAGCUCAAGAUUGAUCCUGAUGGUUUUGCCCAAGUAAUCGAGAAGAUGCCACAAAUUGUUAGCCUACACCAGCAUGUGAUCAUGAAACCUGUCGAGUUCCUUCUUGGACGGGGAUUUUCCACGGCUGAUGUGGCAAAGAUGAUCGUAAAAUGUCCUCAGUUAGUUGCUUUGCAAGUUGGUCUCAUGAAAAAUAGUUAUUACUUUUUCAAGAGUGAUAUGGACAGGCCAAUGUCCGAGCUUUUGGACUUUCCGGACUACUUCACAUAUAGCUUGGAAUCUAGAAUCAAACCCAGGUACCAACGGUUGCAGAGCAAGGGAAUCCGAUGUUCUUUGGCUUGGUUUCUCAACUGUAGUGAUCAAAGAUUUGAAGAGAGAUUAUAUGGUGAUUACAUAGAGCCCGAAAGUUCUGGUCCGUCAUUUUGUAUGGGUGGGAAACUAGUGCUACCAGGCAAUGAGAUUGUAUCAGAAGAGGAAGACGACAGUGAUGAUGAUGAAAUGCUAUAUAGACGCACUGUCUCUUUGUAGUCGACUUUGUAACAUUCGUCAAUUCGGAGGUCAUGGGUUCAAGCCUUGGAAACAGCCUCUGACAGAAAUGCAAGGUAAGGCUGCGUACGAUACACCCUUGUGGUGGGGGCCCUUUCCCGGACACCGCGCAUAGCGGUAGCUUUAGUUCAUCGGGCUGCCGCCCUUGAGACCUGUUCAAUGGCUGCAUGGAUGUUUGAGAUCCAGUGAGAUUGACAAGGUAUGGCCAGCCAGCAUCUCAUGGUUACAGGUUUGAAUCUUUUUGGUAUGCUUAAAAUGCUAGUGAUGGUAAAUAUUUGUGUUAUGGACUCAAAUCGGGAGCUAUUUUCGCGUGCUUAACAUUAGUACCGCGUUGAGAUCAUUGCUUAAAGGUCUUGCACGGGUUGGCCUUUUCACCAAGCUUAUAGUUUUUUUUGUCGUAAUAGUUCAGUAGCUACAUUGUAUGCGAACUUCAUAUUUUUUUGUUAUGUGGACUGUUUAUGAACAUUAUAAGUACUUGUGCUAGUUGGUAUGCUUAAAUUGCUAGUGAUGGUAAAUGUGUGUUAUGGACCAACAUGGGUUGUCGUGCAGCGGAUGGGGCUGCCACCCUUAACCAGAAGUCGAGGGUUCGAGGGUUCGACGCUGGACAUGGAGAAAACUUUGUUGGGAGCGCUACCCCCGAAUGAGGUCCUACCCGGCGCGAAUCCGGAUUAGUCGGGCUCCAAUGCGGGUACUGGAUACUGGAUGGGAAACCAAAAAAAAAAAUGUGUGUUAUGGUAAAUAUGCUUAAAAUGCUAGAAACUUAAGUUUAUUCUGUAAAAUAAAAAUUGACAAAUUGUCUAAAGGAUCUGUAUUUUGUAAGAACUGUAGUAAUUGGAAGUUUAUAGUAUGUUUUAACCA